AUGCUGUACACCACUUCAAAACCUGAAGAUUCCGUGCACAAUUGUUGUUUUGCUAUAAAUGACAAGAAUAUCAUAUCAUUUCGAAAUGGAAGACAUGCACAUUUGAAGCGAGAUGACACGUUGCAACUAUACAAUUUGAGCAAUCCCGAGCUCAAUUUCAAGGUUUCUUUCUUUUUUUUGGCAAGGUUUCUUAACUUUUUUUCAGGUAAAAGUUGUCAAUGAGUGCACAUUAUAUGAUGUAGUGGUUUUCGAAGUUAUCGACAGUGAUAUUCCAUAUUUUCCAACCAGUCGUGACUUUCUAAAUCCUGGCACAGAAUAUUUUCAAAUUGGAAUUGAUGAUCGACGAAAACCAUUUUGGUGCAAAGGAAUUAUAACUGGAAUGGAAGGUACAUUAAAAUGCGUUUUCAAAAAAAAAAAAUAAAAAAAUUAGUCUGCAUCGGGGGUCGAACCCUGGUCUUCCCAAUAAUAGGCGCGCAUGCUAACCACUCGGCCACAGUGCUGGUUUUUUCUCUUGUCAAAAUUGUCAUAUUUAAAAGGCGCCCUCCUUUUUCAGAUGUAUUUUUGGUGGGACAAUCAAAUGGAGCUGCUGGUGAUGCAGGAUCACCAUUAUUUGGCCCAAAUGGACAACUUUUUGGGAUGUCGAUUUGUAAACAAAUACCAACUGAUAAUUCUCGUUAUAUGAUCAGCUCUUGUAUGCUUUUUGGAGCUGGAGAUGUGUUACUUGGCGUAAGUUGGAUUGAGUUAGUCAGAGCCAUAUCAUUUUCGUUUCAGAAAAAAAGGCGCGUCGUUGAAUGCGAAGAGUGUUUGAGAAGGAAGAGAUUGAGUGAAUGGGACGAGUGA